GAUUUGUCCGCAUCCUGCCGUCGUCGCGUGUCCCGAUCCUCAUCCCCAUUGGGUCAUGGUAUCACAGCCCCACCAGCUCCCCCCCCCCUUAGGUGGGGAUAGGCCCCACGAAACCCGCAGGGAACAGCAUGUGUCUCCAUCGAGGGGAGCGCAUGGGCAAGUGGGGCCAAGGCCAUGCCAGCGAGGAUGGGGAUCUUUUAACCAAUGCUCGAGUCCCCUGCCCCACCCCGCCCCCCGUCGAGGCCGAGACUGGGCGAGGGCGGCGCGCACGCUUGCGCGGAGGAUCUUCCAGCGUUUGACCACACGCCGUCAGAGAGGUGGCUGGACGACGUGUUGCGGCGGCUGAGCCUGCCCGCCUCGGACUGGUCUGCGCACUGCGAGGCCCUCACAGCUCUCCGGCGCGUGGCGCGCCAUGCCCCGCACCUGCUGGCCACCCCGCCCGUGCUGCGCCAGGCGGCCACGGUGGCGGCUGGUCUCACCGAGUCGCCCCGCGCGUCCGUGGCCAGGAACGCUCUCAUCUGCCUCAACGACAUGCUUCUGACGUAUAGGCAACAGAUGGACCCCGAGUUGGACCGCGUCGCCCUCGCCUGCCUCAAGAAGGCCAGCGACGCCAGUGGCUUCUUGUCGGAGGAGGCAGACCGCACCCUCGCGGCCCUCUGCCGGUCCGCUUCGGAGUCCCGCGGGUUGAGCGCGGUACUCUCCAUCGCGGCGGACGCGAAGUUCUCCAAGAGCGUCAAGCUGCGGGUGAAGUGCAUCUGGUGCUUCGCCACGAUUCUGCCGCGCCUGGGGCCGAGGGCCCUCCGCGGUGCCUCUGCGGACAUCGACAAGCUGGUGAGAUUGUUAGGCCCCUCGCUCGGUGACGUGUCCUCCGAGGUGCGCGGAGUGGCCCGGCAGGCCGCCGCGGCCUUGCAGGCCGCGGUGGACUCGCCGGAGGAGUUCGAGCGCCUCCUCAGCAAGAAUCUGGCCACGCGGGACCACGCCGCCGUGCGCCGCGCCGUGGUGGCUUCGUCUCAUAUUGAUGCCGAGGCCCCAGGAUCGCGCCGCCAUUCCGAGUGAGGCCGAGCCCUGAUGGGCCCUGCUGUUCCGCACCUGGAAGCCUACCCACAUGUAUGUUUUUGUUGGCCAUGGCGCCACGACUAGGUACCUCCGCCGGGGGCCGCCGAUCGGGGGGGAACUCUGCGGCACGGAGUGCAGCAGCGCAGGCUACGAGUGCGCCGUGCGUGCGCGAUCUGCGGGCGCCGCUCGUCCAGCCGAUUCCCUGGGUCACCCGCUGGGGUGGGAGCUCGAAGAAUAAAGGAUAGCGUAAAUGACAUGUUCGAAGGUCCGCGCGGGAAUUCUUGGAUCUGCGUUGGACCCCUUGGCGGCACCUCCAGCUUCGCACCAGGCGCGCUCCUCGCCCCAGGGAGGGGGUCCAGCGCAGAUCCCAGAAAUCCGCGCGGAGCUCUGGAAGCUCAUGCUUACGCAGGUGUUUCUUGUAGUACGAGAGCCAUCGCCGCCGCUCGCACCUCCCGCAGUCUGGGCCAGCAGGUUGCCCUUCUCCAGGGGACGUCGCGCGAGCGCGACAGUGACAGAAUUGUGCCGUGUGCCCGAAAAUGAUUGCGUACGACGUCAAUUCUCCCAGUGGGCAGGUGUCCCAAGGGGGCCUCCCUACAGGAGGCCCUUCUCACCGCGAGAAUAGACCUGGGACAUGCACACCAGAUCGGCAAUGCACUCGCGCGAAUUAUGUCAAGAGGCUCUCGCCAGCAUGCAGGCGAAGCUUCAGCGCACAUGCAAGAUCAUGCAAGG